AAGGCACGCCCACAAACGUGAUUGGCAGUUGUUCUGCGAGGCAAUAUGGCGGCCGCCUCAGUUCGUGUCAUUGGGAACACUCUCGGUCGGAACCUCAAGGAAAUACGGAUCCACCUCUGCCAGCGCUCGCCGGGCAGCCAGGGAGCCAGAGACUUCAUUGAACAGCACUAUGUCAGCUUAAAGAAGGCAAAUCCAGACUUCCCAAUCCUGAUAAGGGAAUGCUCAGAUGUACAACCCAAACUCUGGGCUAGAUAUGCAUUUGGCAGAGAGAGGAGUGUGCCACUGAAUAAUCUUAACGUGGAUCAAGUUGCGAAAGCGCUGGAGAACAUUGUGAUUACUAAAGCAUAAAGAUAAUGUGUAACAACUACUUUUGAAUUUGAAUAAAGAUGUAAAUAUGUGUAA